UCAGUGUCUUUCUUUCUCCUCUUGUAGGAAAUUGGAGACCUCUUACAGUCCCGAGGCCAUGAAUGGGGUGUAACCACAGGCAGAAAAAGACGCUGUGGCUGGUUAGACCUUGUUAUUUUGAAGUAUGCUCAUAUGAUCAAUGGAUUCACUGCUCUGGCAUUAACAAAACUGGAUAUUCUGGAUGUCCUUGAUGAGAUUAAAAUUGGUGUUGCUUACAAACUGGGUGGAAAAAGAAUUCCAUAUUUUCCAGCUAACCAGGAGAUACUACAGAAAGUGGAAGUGGAGUAUGAAACAAUGCCUGGGUGGAAGACUGACACAACGGGUGCGAGAAAAUGGGAAGACCUCCCACCCAAGGCACAGAAUUACAUACGAUGUGUGGAAAAUCAUGUCGGGGUGCCAGUUAAAUGGGUUGGAGUUGGAAAAUCAAGAGAGUCAAUGAUCCAGCUAUUUUAAACAAACAAAGAACUUCAGUGAUGAAAAACACAAUUUACUGUUCAUCUGUUCCUUACUGCUCCCAAGUUACAGUGGAGAUGCUGUUUGAAACCAAAAUGUUCUUCUAGGAGAUGAGUAGAAACAAAAUGCAUAUUCUGUACUUUCUUAUUUUCAUUUACCUUUCAGCUUCCAGUAAAUGCGACUAUUCAGUGAUAAAAAUCUGUUUGGUAGCCACUAUCACAAGAAUUGCAAAAGCAUAAAAAUUCAGUAACUUGAAAUCAAGAACAGGAGUGAAAAUAUAUAUUUUUUUCUUUUUAGUUGUGCCAUAUUACUAUUCAAAGUGUUUCACAUCCAUAGGCAGUUAUUUCUUCAGACUGUUGCCAAUAUCAACCAUUUUCCAAUACUUAUUAAGCAAAUGCAGAAUUGUAAAAGCUGAAUGUAUUCUUCAUUGCAGGUUCUUAAAAUGUUGUGUCUAUAGGUUGGCAGUGAUAAGACAUAAAUUACGUUGAACUUUGGCCUUUUAUGUAGACCCUCAGUCCCAAAAAUAAUAGUUUGGUAGGCAUUUUUAAUUCCACAAAGCGAGACAAUCACAAUUAGCUGGAGGCCUGUGAUUUUAUUUUUACAGCCUACUAAUGUGAGAAAAGGAAAAGUGAUCGUAUUGGAGAGCAGUGCAAGCCAGUAACUGAGGUAACUUCUGGAGAUGGGCCAAACUUGAGACAGGUGACCUGUCUAGGCGUUCCCUCUCAUAGCCUCUUUACCAACAGGCACUCCAUGUAGGGGCUAUCGGAAGUGCUAUCCUUUCCUCCUGUGCAAAUGGAAGACAUAAGAGGAGUGGGUGAUGGCUAUAAAGGCCCUAAGGCCACAAAAAGUAUCAGGGCCAUUGGAGCCAAUGUAAUAUGGUGCACCCUCCCUACGAACUCAAUGUUUGUUCAUUAAAAUCCCUUGUGGGUCUUGCCAGUUAGAGGUGAGUGAUGAAGAAGCAGGGAGCAGCAGCACUGUAUGCCAUGCUCAUCUUCAAACCUCUUGGAUUUUCAAGCACAAAUCUGUGCAUGACUAAACGUUGCUAGGUGGAGCAUGAACUCCCCUUCACAGCUUUUGACCCCACUCAGCAAAGUUUAGAGGAUGAUAUUUGUCCUCGAGGAGGGAACAUAUGGCAGCUCAACUCAAUGAAGCUUCUCGGGAAGAGGAGCAGCAUGGAGAUCCCCAAGACUUCCAAGGAUGGACCUGGAUUUCCUCAUGAAUCCUUAGAUUCCUAAUUGCUAAAAGGCUGCACUCCGUACCCCAUCUGCAUGGCUCGGAUCCCUCUUAUAGAGGGAGGAAUGCAGCAGAAACCGAGAUAUUCCGUAAUUUGUGGAAUUUCUCAAAUCACAUUUCCCCUUCUGUGAGGUUUGUUCCACAGAGGGAGAGACUAUUUAUGUCAUUUCCGAAUGCUGUGGGGUAUAUCCAGGAAUGGCAUCACGGCCCUAGCCAGCUCACAAAGCCUUAAUGCCAGGAUGUAUUUUGUGAAGAUACCCCUUUUUCUGAGGUAGCCCUGCCAAGCAGGAUGGCAUACAAAUGCUCAGAAAUGAGUACCUCGGUACAUCUCUAGAUUAUCACAAAUGUGUUAACCCAGUUUGUCUCAUCUCUGACAUGUAUCAGUCUUUAACAUUUAAGGUCUGCCUUAACAUUUAAGGACAGCCAUGGCUGGUAUACCAAUGAAGUAGUAAAGUACUUCAUGUGGUGGGACAUAUAUGCCCUGUUAGUUGUAGUAAAGGCCCUUUGCACCCUCUUCUGGCUGCAGCACAGUAAAGUCCAACUCCAUUCAGCUCAGGCUGGAGCUUUAGGCCACAAUUUCAUCCUUUACGUCUAGUCCUAUGAUCACAAAGUCCCAAGUCCUAGCAUCAGCUCCAAUUCCUUCAGUGGCCUUGGGCAUGUCAUUUAGGCAUUGAGCCUCAGUUCUGCCACCAGUAAAAUGGUGAAUAAUAUUACUUCCUUACCUACCUCAAAUAGGUGCUGUGAGGAUUGAUGAAUAUGGGCCAAAUCCUGCCAUCCUUUGUCUGUCUUUAAUCAGGCAAAACUUCCAUUGCGUAGUCAAUGAGAAUCCUGCCAGCAUAAGGGCAGUAGGAUUUGGACUCACUUGAUGUUUGUAAAGUCCUUUUGGAAGGUACUUGAUAAGUACUAAAUAUUAGUAGUACUGUAAAAUAGAGCUUAUUUUUUGAGGCACCCUAAGCAUAAACACUCUUGGGGGUAGAUUCAUCAAGUUUCUUUCCCAGUCAGCUCAGCCUCAUGUUGUCCAUCCACUAGACCAGAUGUUGGUCACCUUUUCUAGCUGUGGACCGGAAUGACCCACCCCAGGUCAGAGGCAGGUGGCCAGGUGCCACAACCCUGCUACUGCCACCACUCGUCUCCCUGGCAGCACAGGGAGAUCAUCCUCAGAAGACACCCCCCACCACAAACAUCACCGAAACCCUAAGUCAAGCCAACGGUUUCAUAGGCCAGAUCCGGCCCACAGACUGUAGACUAGAUGAUUUGGAUUCCUUUUCCAGCCCACUAUGCUUCGGGACAUUUUAUUAGGGCAAAGCUGUUUUGUUUGGACCUUGGUUGGUUUUAUUUAUUAGGUCACUGGUGCUCAACUCUGGGCCAUAGGCCACAUGUAGCCUAUGAAGCUGGUGUAAACAGCCUAUCACUGUCAUGCCAAUGCAGGUGAGCACACCUGUUGCUUGUCUUCUCCUUUCCCCAGAGUCUGAGCAGCAGUGGUGUUCACCUGUGCUGAUAUGCCAACAAGUUCAGAGCUUUCAUGCAGCUCCAAGAGCCUGGGAGUUAAGCGCAGCCGCUGUUGCUUGGCCCUUUUUUGCCCUGCUGCUGAAUUCAGCGGUGGGGCGUUUAGAGGAGGAGAUCAGCAGCAACGCUCAGCUCCUGGGCUCCAGAGCCCCAUAAAAUCUUUGGCAGCUGGAAGGGGAAAGGCAGUGUUGGUCUGCUUUUAGCAACUGCAUGCAUGCAUGCCCAUGGGGCUGUGGUAUAGCACAGGGCUGCUAUAGCACCUGAAAAAAAUAAGUUAUUUCAAAGAAAGCCCUGCUGCUGUGGAGCAGAGCAUGGUUCCACUCCCCCCCAUGUUCCCAAAGCCUAUGGCUCUGCCUUCAGGGGACACUGGUAGAGCACAGGGAAGUGUGGGGAGCUGAAGUAAGAUACAGUGCUGCCAGCUGGGCAACCUCCAUCUGUCAUUUGAAAGAAUUCUUUAAUUAACUUGUGUAAUAUUAUGGCUGGUCAUCUUAUUUUUUGUACCAAUUCUAAAUUUUAAUUAUUUGUAUAAAAUUGAAAACAAUACUACAGAAUAUUAAACCUCUUACUUUGUAUUAAGAUGCCUAAAAUUACUAAAAAUGUAUGUUUUCCUUUCUAAUAUUACUUAAAAUUCUUACUAUUAGGAUAUGCCAAAGCAUAGCUCUAUAAUGCUUUUCUUUUCAGCCCUCGAUUUCUGAUUGUCAGGUUUGACACACUUGUAACAAAGGUUGAGCACCACUGCAUUAGGGCAAAAGUGAGCAAUGAUUACACUUAGCAUACUAUAACCUUCAGAAUAAAUAAUUAACCCUAAAUAAAUUAUUUGACAUAUUUAAAUAAAACUAUUGUAAAUUAAUGGUCACAAGAGCAUCUUCUGCUUUACCUAGAUUAUAUUUUCUAUGGAGUUGCUUACCUUUGCAUUUAAGACCUUAGCCAAUUAAGGCCCAUAGUUUGCAGUACACCAAGAGACAGUUAUCCUAUGACAGUGGGUUUUUUUAGUAACAUGACCUCUGGCAUUUCAUUUCAUUGCAUAGCUUUUUAAUCAAAAUAUUUCUCCCACUGAAUUUGGGGAAUAGUGCCACCAAAUUCAAUGUGAAUGGAUUCAGGAUUUGUUUAUAAGCUUUUUAUAAUUGACGGUAAUGUUGGCCUUGAUAAGAAACAUGUUUGAUAUAAACUAGUUGGCUGUUUCCUGUACAGACUAUCUGGCAUUCGAUCUGUUGUUUGGAAUUUCUUUGUAACAAUAAUCAGUGUGGCUAAUUUUACUUCUCCUUGUUCCCAAGUUAAAUGCAAUAAUAAUGAUUUAAUUUUGUUGAUGUAUUAUAUUGUUAAGUAUACUGAUAGAAAAAUAAGAGAAAAUAUCUACUAGUCUGGUAUACUUUCUUUUAAUGGACUAAAUAUAAAAAAGCAACUGUUAUUGAACUUUUCAUGUAAAGCAGUGUAUUUAACAGGUUCAUGUCAUACCUGACAUCACAAUGUGGCCAUUAUAAUGAGGUGUAUAGUUCUUAACAGAUGUACUUAAGGUGUGCAGGUACACUUUGGAUAUUUUUGUAUUUUAAUUCAUAUGCUGUCCCAGCUAUGGUCUGGUGCACUUUAUGAACUGAAAAAUAAAGUGAAGGGGUUUCAAAAUAAAUGUGCCAAAUGUACAAACAGCCCCUCAUUACGCACUCAUAGAUGCAGAUUUUACAGCUACAAUCUUGAAUUCUCACAUCAUUUUUUCACCCUCAAAGGCAUGUCAAAACAAACUUAAAAUAACAAAUAUUUCCUUUUUAUGAAUAUAUUCCAUUAUAUGUAAAAGAAAACACGGGCAAUUCUUUCCUAGUGUUUUAAUAUAAAUAUAUCAAGAAGUUUUGUCUGAGAAGCAGAUAGUUUAUUUUUAGCUAUAAGUAGCUGAUAUUUACAUUUCAGUCUUAUAUUCUCUGGAUUAGAUAGGGGUAUUCAACUACUUAUAAACCAGGCUUAGAGAUGCUACUGUCUCUGCUAAUUUGGAGCCAUGGGUACCAUUUCUACAUGAUUGGGAGGAAACCUUGGAUCAAUAAUGAAGUAGAAUUUUUCCCUUUGAAAGUCUCCUGACUAAUUCCAAUGAGUUAUUUCUAUACAUUGCUUGAAGAAACUUGAAUUAACUUCCCACAACUUUUUAUUAAGAGCACAAGACUGGGAAAAGUAAGGAAUAAGUGGUCUGAGCUAGCACAACUAAAGCCAGCCCCUAAGACAUGGAGGAGAUUCAGACAAGUGGGGUUAGGAUUUUUCAGAAGAUUCAGUUUUCUCAUAAUCUUCAGUAACCAGUCUGGAACAGCAGGAUUUUUAUUGCAGUGUCUUUAUCCAGUGAGCAACAGAGCAGGUUAAUACAUUUACUGCAGGUGAUGUCUGAGAAGGGAUUUGGUGGCAUUCAAUAAACAUUGCUGAGUUGACAUGCUUUCUGCCAGUCACAAAGAUAUGCUUGAUGGAUUGAGCUUUGUCUGGUAGCUGAAGCUUCCAAAGCAGUUUCAUUGCACUCCAUAAGGCGCUGGUGUUGGGAAUUGCCCAGGACAAAAGAGGGUCUAUGUUGUCUUUGCGGAAGCUACAGGUACAUAUUGAUGCAUGUUCUUUUCUUGGUUCAGACUGGAGAGAAGGGAAAGGAGGAGAAGCAGGCUGAUAGCUAUUUUUCCUUUGUAGAGCUGUGUUGAAUAAACAGCAUUCCUGUUCCUACCCACUUUCUAAUACUAAUGAAUAUUCAUGGAGCCAAAUCUCCCAGCCCCUACUUAUUCCUUACUAAAGGUCUGAUUCACAAACAUGAGCGGGCCCGCUUGCAUGGAUCACAGUUCUCCCUUAAGGAAAUGGAGUCCCGACCCAUUUCCUCAGCAGCAUCUUUCUCUUAAACCCUCCCUAUUAGGUCUAGGGAUUUCUGCAACGGGUGGCUGACACAUCAUUCCUUCCACUAGGGAUCCUGUAGGGAUCAGAGCAGAAAGAAAAUACAGAUCUUCACUGUAUUCCCCUUCAUGCUUUAGGGCACCCCAUUAAACAAGCACCCUCAGGAAUUAUCAGCUGCAGAAAUGCUGGUUGCAUAGGUCUACUACAGCCACGUUGCAAAGGAGCAAGGAGUACCAGAGACUUUGAGCCUCUGCAUAGAAAUCCCUGGUGACACUUGCACCUUGGUGGAUUUACAGCAUCUGUAGAUUGGCUCUACAGUCUGGUGUAUUAAGUAAGGGUUCCCUUACAACCAACAGAGUUUCAGGGAGAACCCCAGACAAAGAAAACCUUGUGAGUAAUAGUGCUAGAACCAAUCCCUCAAUGAAUAAAGACUGAGAAGGGACAUCAGGUUUUGGCCUGAAAAGGUAAUUUAUGUUCUGCCAUAUUAUCAGGAAAUUGGUAGUUCCAAAAUACCUGAUUGUGUUGCUAAAUAUUUUUCUGCCUGUGUUCUUUUUUUUUUUUUAAUUCAUUGAGACAGUCUGUAUUAAAUGUUUGCCAUCUAUAAGCAAUAAAUGACAAGAAACACAAGACUCUCUCGGGGCAUAUACAGUGCAUAGCAUACUUUUAUGUAGCAAAAUUUAGCCAGUAGAUGCAGUUUUCAAAGGAUGAAAAUAAAAAAGAUUUUUACACUGAUC